AUGUAAAAAUUAUUUGGUUCCACGUAUGACUAUCUCACUAUUAGUCCGAAUUAGGCAAGAGCAGUAACUCACCCUGCCAACUAUGUAAAGGAAGGAACAGGAAAAUAAGCUAUCAGAAAGAUAUAUGGUAAUGGAGGUGGCGGAGUGCCAUUUGACCAAUAUGAGUAGUAAAUGCUAGGCUAAUUGAAGACUAAAUUAAAUGGAAUGGCUAGUCAUUAUCCUGACAUUUUGUUAUAUCGAUUCUUGUAUUCAUUUCGUUUUGGUUUAGAUGAAACCUACAACGGAAUAAAGAAUCAUGAAGAGUGGUUGAACAAUCCUUCUACAUUCUAAUUGAAUAGUGGAUCAUAGGCGAUUUUGGACAAAGGAAUUAUUUAUAUGGGGGGCAGAGACAAAAAAUUCAGGCCAUCAGUGAUUUUCUAAGUGGGUUUAAUUGAUCAAAAGAAUAUCAAAGGUGAAGAAUUCCUAGCAGCUUUAAACACCGUUUUUAUGAUUACUUAGCAAUAUUGUUUUUAUGAAGGAUUCGUUGAAAAUUGGAUAAUUUUAAUUGACACUGCAGAAUUAGGGCUCUUGAGUUUGCCAAUAGAGAUUCUGAAGAAGAUUAUAUCGACAGCUGCUUCCCAUUACGUAGGAAAUUUGGAGAAACUCUAUCUGUUGAAUCCAUCAAUGGGGCUCAACAUGUCUUGGAGUUUGGUUUCGAAAUUUAUUGAUGAGAGAUCAAACAAGAAAAUACAAUUUCUGCAAAAGAAGGAUUUCUCCAAAUUGCAAGAGUAUUUCGAUCCGAGCCAAUUGGAAGUAUAGUUCGGUGGAACCAUGCCUAAGAUUAAGCAAUAUUGGCCUCCCUAACCUACAAUCCAAAUUGAGAAACCCUAAGAGUAGCAGCAGCAAAACUAUCCAACUCAAAACUACGAACCAAGUGUCAAAUCCUAAAGAUCCAAGCGAUCAGAACCAUACAAUUAAUAAAAGUACCAAGCAUACUAGGCUCCAUUUAAGAAACCACAACAGGAAUCGCAGACUCUCAAUCUCCAGGAAUCCUUGAAACAGGAAUAUUUUGAUUCUAAAAUGAAUCUACCUGCUGUCUAACCUACUCAAUAAGCAUCUAAUAAAUUGAUAUAAUCAAGAUAAACAGAUGAAAGACCAUCCCAAUUAACAUAGAAUUUCGGUUAUGAAAGUAGCAUAUAGAAACCAUAAAGGUUGGAGUUCCAGAAUGUGAAUUCAGAGUCAUCUCGAGAGAUACAACAUAUAUCUUUCCAAGAUUUCCAUUUUGCUUCACAGCCACAGAGCAAUUAGCAAUCGAAUCAGGGAAAAUAAAGUUACAGAUAAAACUAAAAUGUUGAAGAGAGACAACUCUCCAAAUUCCCAGUUAUUGAAGAAGAACCCUAUGAAAGGAAGAGUCAAUUUUUAUAGUAAUCUAAUGGAUAUCCUAGUGAAUCAAAAAAUUUUGUUGAAGAACCUCUUGAUUCAACUAGAUUUAGAUAAUCUUAAUCAUUAAGGAAAUCCUAUAAACAAUAUCAUUUCAGUAAAUCUGAAUUUCACCCCCCAUAUCCCAAUGCAUUGCCUGCAGGACCUGUUGUUCUAGGAGCUACUGAAAAUUAAGAGGAGGAAUUUUAAAAGAAGGAAAAUAAACAAAUACCUCCACCUACUUAUUAAUAACCUAAACCCCAAGAAAUCAAACCAUAUUAGACAGCAGCACAACAAUAAGAACUAAUACCACCACCAUAGCCUGGCAUUUUGAAAAGAACUGCAUGUUUCCAAGCAAGAGAUGGUAAAUACACAGCCUGUGAUAUAUUUUGA